CAACAUGGAGGUUACAGCUCUCUGCAUUAGACUGUUGAUGCUUGGAUUCACUCAAAUUGUUUCAGAUGCAGCUUUUCUUUCUACCAGUCCAAACAAACUGCAACACUUUGAAUAUGACUCUGUCACUUUUAAAUGUGAUGGGACUAGUGGUUCCACUCGAUUGAGAGGAACCAGGAAUUAUGAGGAAUUUAAACCGGUAUGUGAUAUUAAGAAGACACCAUCAGGGUCUUCAUGCACCAUUGAUAAAAUCUAUCAAGCAGACAGUGGAGAAUACUGGUGUGAGACUGAAGGAGUGAGAAGCAACACAGUCAACAUCUCUGUCACUGCUGGUUCAGUGAUCCUGGAGAGUCCUGUCCUUCCUGUGAUGGAAGGAGAAACUGUGACUCUGCGCUGCAGAAACAAGACCUCAUCCACCAACCUUCCAGCUGAUUUCUAUAAAGGAGGCCACCUCAUGAACAGUUCUGGAGAAGAGAUGACCAUUGAGAAUGUUUCCAAGUCUGAUGAAGGACUCUACAAGUGCAGAAUAUCUGGAGCUGGAGAAUCAGCAGAGAGCUGGCUGGCUGUCAGAGCAAAAAACACUUCUACCAUCCCUCAAUCACCUAAUAACCCCCCUCGUGCCCUCAUCCUGCUGUGGAUCACUGUCACUGUUUUCAUGGUGGCGUUGGUGCUGCUGUUGGUGGGAUUCCUUCAUAUGAGGAGACACAAAGCUUCCUCAAAGACACCAGCAGCAGCCUCACACUCAGGUGAGGUGUUGUAG